UAUCUCUCAUGACAAGGUUGUCAUGUAGGUAUUGGUAUAAAAGGAGGGAAAUUUCGAGUUCUGACUUUACGGGAAACGAACAGGUCAGAAGCCGGCACGAAAGCUGCUCCCAGCAGACAGAAGGAGAGAAACCAUACCAGCUGAGAACGACAGACCUGUUGCAGGAAAGGAAAAGAAAGCGAAGCAGGUGGAGACCUUUUCUGUCAGCGUUUACGAGUCCCGUGUCAGUCGUUGGCCUGACGAUGGUGGUUCCAGCUUGGCUAUUGGCUGUGGCCAUGUUGUGUGCGCAUGGCCAGGGGGUGACUGGGCAAUGUUGGGAACAUACAAAGUGCAGGGACCUCAGCUCAGAAAAGAGCAUCCAGGAAUGUAUAGAGCAAUGCAGAUCUGACCUUACGGCCGAGUCCCCUAUCUACCCCGGCAAUGGGCACCUUCACCCGCAGUCAGAGUCUGACGAUGGUGAUGGAAGUGUCCUGCUGGCCACCCUGCCCACCCCCGAGGAGGAGACGCUUACUGGGUACAGAGGAGUAGGGCUCCCGCAUGAGAAUAAGCGCUCCUAUUCCAUGGAGCACUUCCGCUGGGGCAAACCCGUGGGGCGCAAGCGUCGGCCCAUCAAGGUGUACGCCGGGGUCCCGGAGGAGGAGGCCACCGGGGCCUACCCAGAGGAGGAGCGGCGUGACCUCCUCCAUGACCUGGACUAUGCCCUGGGGGAGAGCAACCUGGCCAGCGAGCAUCCGCAGUCCACCAUACAAGAGAAGAAGAACAGGCCCUAUAAGAUGAGUCAUUUCCGGUGGAACGAGCCCCCAGCCAGCAAGCGUUAUGGUGGCUUCAUGAAGUCCUGGGACGAGCACAGCCAGAAGCCCCUGCUGACUCUGUUCAGAAACGUCAUCAUCAAGGACGCCCAGCAGAAGAAGGAUACGGGGAACCCACAAUAGCAGAGAAGGAGGGGACCCAUCACCAUCGUUGUAGACAGAGGCGGCCAAACACAUCACUUCACUUUCCAUUCACCAUUUCCAAUAAACCACUACUUAGUCACUCUGCCAUCCCCCCAAAAAACACUAAUAUCAUGAGUGUUGACCAGAAGGUUUACUGUCUUAGGCAUCAGCUACCUUAACACACAAUGUAGUCAAAAAUAAAUUCUGAAUAAUGUAAUUAAGAAAUGUUUUUGUGA